AUGGGCCUGCAUGGUGAAGAUUACUCUUUAAUAGUUCCUGUAUAUGUCGUAGCCAUCAUUGGCAACGGAUUGCUGAUUUCCACAAUUGUCAAAUGUAACGCACUUCGCAAAGUGUCCUACUUCCUUGUGGCUAACUUGGCCUUUAAAGAUUUCACCUUCGCCUUGGUGUCCCCUGUAUUUGUAACGCCCAGUGUCUUCAAAGACCGCUGGGUGUUUGGACAUCAUCCCUGCAUCCUGUUCGGAUUGAUCAGCACGUGGUUGGCGUAUGUGGAACUGUUGACCCUGGUUUGCCUUGCCGGCGACCGUUAUGUGGCCGUUACAAGGCCAUUACGAUAUCACCAAAUUCUGAACAGAAACAAGUUCCGAGCGGCCGUAGUCUUCUGCUGGUCAUACUCGUUCCUCUGGGCCGCAAUGCCGUUAAUGGGGUUUGGGGAAUACGUUUACUACGACAACCUCAAAAUUUGUCAGCUAAACUGGUCUCCUGGGCUUACUCCGCUCACCUAUACUAAAACUGUAGGAAUACUUCUCUUUUUCCCUGGGACAGGUAUGAUCAUUUACUGCUACAUCAACAUCUACAAAAGAGCUAAGAGCAUCAGUGACGUUCCCGUGUUUACGGUACAAGCACAGGCCAACGGGAACAAAGGUAAAAGAACAGGGUCCAGAGGAACAAAAGCGACCUUUACAAUUGCACUCAUUACUGGGAUAUAUUUCUUCUGUUGGUUCCCAUUUGUCGGGGUACGGGUCACUCAGGUUUAUUAUCCCGGGUAUAAGGAUGAUCUCACCUUGCAAACAAUAGAGAAUUUCACACUCUAUUCCUUUACCAUCGCGAAUUUCAUCAACCCUAUUAUUUACGGGAUUUACAACAGAGAGUUCAGGUACGAAUUCCUUAAAUUGAUCAAGAGAGGAAGAUAGACGAACUAUGGGGAGACGGUCAAAGGGAUUCCGGCCUAAUGUCAUACUUUAUAUAAUUUCUUAGU